AUGUGGGGCAGUUUAGCCGUAAGGAGGUUAUGGUAUCAAUUCACAGCCUCGCCCGAUGAUCUCCUUACGCAGACCAUUGAGAAAUUUAUGAACAUUCUUGUCAAGUCACGGAUCAAUGAAACGCGAUACCCAUACUACAAAUAUGUUCGCAUCAUAGACUUGCAGCAGUUACCCGACGUGGCAAACGAUAUAUUAGAAUCAUUGCUCACCAACUCACCAUACGUGGAGAAACUUUUGCUUGAGAAUUACGCAUGGACUACGGGUGAAAUGAACAAAAUAGCACCGCUCAUGCCCAACGUAAGAUGUAUCGGAAUGAGCAACAUGCUUGUAGAAGAUGAACUUGAACCGCUUCCGACGUAUUGUAAACACUUGGAGGAAUUGGAACUUGGGGCAGAUAUCCUAUGUACGUCAGAAGUGUUGACUAGCAUAACAAAAGAAUGUCCAAAGUUGACUAUACUAAGACUAUUCAGCAAAGGAUAUGAUGACCAAGAAAUGAGCGAAAUAUUAAAGAAUAUCCCAAAUCUCAGAGAACUAAGAAUUAGUGAAUGUUUCUGCAUCACCGAAGCAUUCUUUCAAAAUGUGAUAUCUAUUUGUCGUGAGUUGGAAAUGUUUUCAUUCUACAGGGGUUUUAUUGAAAUAUCUGUAGAUAAUGUGAUCAAAUUCGCCCAACACUUUGCCAAAGCCACCAAAUAUGUAUUUAUAGAUGUAGUGAAAUUAUUGGAUGUGAGAAUAGAAUGCAAUUCUGCUGAAAUAAUGGCAGCCAUGAUGGAACCUGAUGUUGACAAGAUUAUCAAACAUUGUGAAACGUUAAAUUUGGAUUCGUUGAGCCUCUUGUAUUUUAUCCUUGACUCUAAAAAACUGGAUGCUAUCUGUGAACGGCUUGAUGUUCGUAUAUUAAAGUUAGAACGAAUAGAUGGUGUGGAUAAUAAGGAGAUACUGGAGGCAAUUAAAAAAACCAAGAAAAUCGAUACCAUAAUUAUCACAUUUAAGAGUCCCUUGUUCCAACCAUUGCGGGACGAGGAUAUACGCGAAAUUACUAGGACAUCUUCAAUCAAGCAUCUGGAAUGGCAGUGUUCAAUAUACGACUUUGAUCGACAACAACGAUCAGCCAAGCUUCCUAUGGACGGAGGACAUGAAGGGACAGAAGACCCCAAGAUACUCAAUGAACUAUUUGAAAAUUGUCUCGUGCUGACAGAGAAAUCCAACUAA